UCCAUACCCGGCCAACACAAACUUCCAUCUGGAACGCAGACUUCGGCGUUACCCGACUUGGAAAACUACGUGAUUGAGCAAUGACCUCUACCAGCUCGCGGAGCUCGUCGACCAUUACGGCGACGAGGCUGUCAAACCAGCAACCACUACAGCCGCCACCACCUAAUCCAUCUAGUCGCUUCCCAGUCACACCAGCUGUAUUGCGCUCCAUAUUCACAUCGUCGCGCACGCCCCACGAGGAGAGGUCCAUAUCUCGUGUCGCAUUUUUCAGGUUCGCCGGCUUUCUGCUCAGUUGCGUGUGCAUCAGCUUUGCUGCUGCGAGAGGAAGGGGGAUGAGAGGAAGUGCCGGUCUUCUAGGAGUUGUUUGACCGACAAAAUAUCAAUGUAAAGUCUCAAAUUUGUCAAGAGUUGGCUCGAAGUCAGAACUU